UAAUUUCCUGUGUUAAUGGUCGUCUAACAUAGCACCUGUCUGUAAGUGUAAACAUAGCGUGUGGAUAUGUGAUAAAUAAUCAGCCCUCAAAUGACUUAGGGUCCAUGCGUCACCAUGUGGUAACUGUAGUAGACCCUCAGUUCCUUAAAAUUUUGCCUGAAGUGCCAAACAAGUUGUGAACUUUACCUCACCAUGGAAGGAGAUUUUGAUGAGAAUGGCUGGGCCCACAUCCACGUUGCGGCUAACAGGGGCUUCACCAAAUCAAUUGAACGCUUUGUUCAUGCUGACCUUGAUCAGCUGGAGCUCAAAACAAAUGAUGAUGUUGGUUCAACCCCUUUCCUGAUAGCAGUUUCAAGUGGUAAUAUUGAUUCUAUACAGUGCUUAAUUAAUCUUGGCGCAAAGGUUAAUGCCAUUAAUAAUCACAAUCAUGGAGCAGUUGAGAUAUGUGCGACAAAAGGUUACAUUCCAAUUCUUCAAUAUUUCAUAAAGGCAAAGUUUGAUCUGCUGCCAGUUUGGAAGAAUUUGUUAAAAUUUCUUUCCUCGGAAUCAGAAGAAGAGGCAGAAGCAGCCGGGAAAUGCCUGCAAACUCUUACACUGCCUUCAGAUGAAGGUGUUAUAAAUCCAUACUGGGAAGAGCUGUAUAAGAACGGCUGCAUUCCAACAAUUGUCAAAGUAGCCAAGAGUACUCUUGCUGAUGACUCUAAAGUCCAUGCUUUCCAUGUGUUGUUAAACAUUUUACAGAAGCAGGAAGUUAAGGAGCAACUUUUUAGCUCCGGGGGUAUACCUGCAUUUGUGAGAUUACUCAAAUCAUCAUGCAAUACGGCCAUCCAACUCUCUGCUCAAAUUUUAAAGGAGAUGGCAACAUUGAAAGAGUAUGCUGACAACAUGGUUCAGAACAGUGCUAUUCCAUCCCUAUUAAAAGUCAUGCAGACCGUGAAGGAACAGGAAGUUCUCAUAGAAGCUGUUGACUGUCUUGGAAAUAUUGCCAUGGCAAACCCAUCCCAUCAGAGCCAAAUAGGACAGCUGCCUGGCUCUCUGCAGACGAUCACUGAUUUGUACAAAGAUCAAAAAGACAAGGGACUCUUGUUUUCAUUGAAUAAAGCUAUAGGGAAGAUAGCCAACAAAAAUGUUAGCAACCAGAACACAAUUGUGGAGUUAGGGGCUGCAUCAUACGUUGUGGUUCUAUGUCGGACAAAAAACAAAGACUUGCAGUUGAGUUCAGUGGAGGCAAUACACAGGUUAGCUGAGGAUAACUCCAAGACUCAGAGGGUGAUACUGUCUGCAAGAGCCCAAGACCAUCUCAUGCAACUGUUAAAGAAAACACGAGUUGAAACCUUACAAGAGAAAACAGCAAUGGCCUUGUGGGCCUUAGCUGGAGACAGUUUAGAUGAAAAAAGAAAAAUGGCAGAAAAAAUGGAGGUUUCUUUGCUAAUUGAAUUUGUGAACAGUCUAUCAGAAAACUUACAUUUCAUAGGAUCUGAAGGCUUAGGUGUGCUUGCUCAAGGACCUCUGAACUCUCAGACCCAGAUUGCAGAUGCGAAUGGCAUCCAUCCGUUGGUUCGCUUGCUGAGGUCGGAUAAGGAGCAUAUUGUGCUAAGUGUUAUACGGACGCUGAGAUACCUGUGUGUCGGCGUGGGCUAUGUGCCACACUGCAGGAACCAGAACACUAUCUCGCAGUCUCGCGGGAUCAAGUUCCUUAUUGCUCUGAUGGUGCAUUCGAAGGAAGAGAUGAUCCAAGUGGAGUCAGCUGUCACACUGGGUUGUGUGUCCCUGGGCAAUCAAAACAUUCUCGAAGAGAUUAAUGGGACAAUAGACUUCAGCUAUGUGAGAAUUCUGAAGAUGAUGUACGCGCAGGACGACGUGGUGCGACUGCUUGCAGGUUCAGCCUUGGCUGCCUUUGCAUACAACAACAUCAGCCAACAGAAAGAGAUUGCAGAGCAGGGCGGGGUCAGAUUCAGCUGCUUCGUUCCAUUCCUGCAGUCUUCUGACGAGUAUUACAGGUGCAAUGCAGCCUUUCAGGUGGUGGUACUGUCUCGAAUAAUACCGGAUGAAGAGCAAGCGUUGUCGUCGGCGACAGGUAUCAAACUUCUGGUGGACCUUCUGCAGGACUCCCAGUCUGACCAGAUAUUGGCGCUAGCAGCUGAUUGUAUAGCCAGACUCGCGCACACUAGAGCUGGUGUGCCGUCUGCAAUAAUUGCCAUCAAGGCUAUAGACUACCUGACAAAGCUGCUGCUAUCUGAGGCGGAACAAGUUCGAGGCUGCGCGGCCAUCGCCCUUGGUUACCUGUCUCAUAACCACGCUGCUGAGAGACAGCUCCUAAACAAAUGCAGAACCGACCAGGUCCUGAUGAAGAUUUUGAAGCAUUAUACAAAGAACAAGGUGUCCCGGUCCUUCAUUGAAGGAUGGAAACACUACAAGAAAAUAGGCCUCCCACCCAUAAGCGAGGGAAGGAACAAUCUGGUAAGCAUGCAAACUGAUGACGAGGGACCCCCAUCAACUCCCGUCAGUGGAAUUAGCCUCGUAGACUCGAGCUCAAAAGGCAGCAAUCUAAGAACGUCUUCAUCAAACCUGAACCUUGAAGAGGCACCAUUGACUGACCGAACUUCAAGGAUGUCACAGCGUUCUCGAGCCCGCAGUACCAGUCAGCUGUCCCUUGUGGAUGGGGAUGCAGCAAGAACCAGUCAGGCCAGCAGGCACUCCAUCAUACAGACUGAACUACAAGUACCUGCUAUUGAUGUCUCCAUGCAAGGGGAGAUGACUGGAACAGCCGAGGCAUGAAAACAGGGGAGCGAGUGCAGUGGUAAUAGCCACAGAAGAAGACUCUAAGGACAGAAACAACAAAUGUGUCUUGUUCUGACAAAACUGGGCAUAAUGCAUGUGCGUAAAGUGUCAUCCCAGAUUAG